AUGCAAGGAAUAGUUAAGGACUUCAUACUACGGUACGACUCAAUCAAUGAAGCCAGCACGUUUAGUAGCGGCGACUAUGUCAGAGGACGAGUUAUUUUGGAAGUUACCAAAGAGAUCAAAAUUGAGACGCUUGUCGUCGAAAUGAAGGGAGAGAAGCCCCUGUUUGGUGAAACAAAUAAAAAAAUGAAACUCUUCACCUCUGGAAAUGCUUCCAUGAAAGUCAACAUUGAGAGGAGGGGGUUUAUGCAAGGAGAAAUGAUGAUGGUCACAGCCACUGUUGAAAAUUCUUCAUCUCGUCCUCUCACACUUAAAUACAGUCUUCAGCAGAAACAAAAGUUCAUCGCUUCAGGAUCUAAAUGUAAAUCUGUGUGCAUCAUCUUUAAAGAAGUUGGAGAUGAAAUUCCGUCUGGACAGAAGCAGACUGUCAGCAGAGAACUGCGGCUCCCAGCUGAAAUUGAACCCUCCCUUUUGUAUUGUAACAUCAUAAAACGGGAGUACACUCUGAAGGUGUACCUGGAUGUUCCCUAUGCUUCAGACCCAGAGGUCAUUCUCCCAUUGGUGAUUCUACCUCGAGCACAACCCUCUGGUCCCUUGUCUACAUCUUCAGGAGGUCCCUUUGGAAACCCUGCUCAACCAGGAUGGAAUGGCCCUCCUACCCAUAAUGCAGCAGGGCCAUAUCCAGGUGCUUCUGCCUCUGGAGUUUACCCUCCUCCAACUGCACCAGGACCUAAUCAGCAUCAGUGUCCUCCAGCUGUGCAUCCACAAUCUGCAAACCCAGGAACACCUCCACCCAUGUAUUCAGAAUUAUACCCAGCUCCAUCUGCCCCAGUACUAUAUCCAAACUUACCACCCUUUAGCGCACCAGGUUUCUGCCCAGCCCCAAGUGCCCCAGGACAGUAUCCAAACUCAAAUGUCUCAGGGUCUUUAACAGUGCCUACUGCCCCAGAGUGCAGUCCACCUCCUUACACCGCCACUGCCCAUCCAGUUCCAUCUGCCCCAGGAUACUGUCCAGACACAACCACACCAGGGCCCUGUCCCACUAAGAUGCCUCUGUAA